AUGAGUUCGUACUUCGUCAACUCGCUCUUCUCCAAGUACAAGAGCGCGGACUCGCUGCGGCCAAACUACUACGAGUGCGGCUUUGCGCAGGACCUGGCGGCGUCCACGCGGCCCACGGUGGUGUACGGCCCGGGCUCCGGAGCCUCCUUCCAGCACGGCGCGCAGAUCCAGGACUUCUACCACCACGGCGCGUCCCCGCUGCCCGCCAAUCCCUACCAGCAGAGCCCGUGCGCGGUCACGUGCCACGGCGGCGAGCCCGCCAACUUCUACGGUUACGACGCGCUGCAGCGGCAGACGCUGUUUGGCGCCGCGGCCACGCAGGACGCAGACCUCAUCCCCUACGGAGACUGCAAGCUGGGCGGCGGCGCGCCCGCAGGACUCGGCGGCGGCGGCGGCGGCGACGACGCGGACGGCACCGAGCAGAGUCCGUCGCCCACGCAACUCUUCCCGUGGAUGAGGCCGCAAGUAGCUGCGGGCAGGAGGCGAGGCCGGCAGACGUACAGCCGCUACCAGACGUUGGAACUGGAGAAGGAGUUCCUGUUCAACCCCUACUUGACCAGGAAGCGGCGCAUCGAGGUGUCGCACGCGCUGGCGCUGACGGAGCGGCAGGUGAAGAUCUGGUUCCAGAACCGCAGGAUGAAGUGGAAGAAGGAGAACAACAAGGACAAGUUUCCCAGCAGCAAGAGCGAACAGGAGGCGGUGGAGAGGGAGAGGAGGGAGAAGGAGCUGCGGGAGGGCGGGGCAGGUGGAGGCGUAGCUGAGGUUGGAGGCGGAGCUGAGGGAGGAGGCGUGGUCGUGGUGCCGGUGGCGGGGACGGCGGGCUCGCAGGCCAACCUCAGCGACGACUGCUGCGACAAAACUCACAAGAUGUAGGAGAGCGGACGGACAAGAUGGCGGAGAUCUUCUGCUCCGCCUCUCCACUUCGCU